UGGGGAUGGUGGUGGUGGUGGUGGCGGUGGUUGUGAUGGCGUUGACGCAUCGGAAAAGGAUGAGCGAAGAAAGGACGGUGAAGUAAGUGGCCUUCCGGUCGUGGUCGUUGCAGCGAAUGGAGGUGCUGCUGAUGGGAAUCAUCACAUCAGCAACAGCAGCAACAGUGGAAUUGGUGAUGAAGAUGAAGACUACGAGGAUGACGACGUAUUCAGUGCCGGCAACAUGUAUCCAGAUCUUCCGAAGCGGAUAUGGACGUGUCUUUCAAUUAAGAUCGCACCAGAGGAUGGUUUGCCAACGGUUGUGUGUAGUUCCUGUCGUGAUCAGCUCGAAUCCUGCCAUCGGUUCCGCCGGGUGGCUCACAGGACGCAGAAAUCGCUGCAGAACUACCUCAGCUACACAUCAGCGCUCGAAGGAAGUGAUGAGGAAAUACUCGCCGAAUCUACCGAGCAGUUGGAAACUUUGAUUGCUUCGUCGCCCGCGACGCUUGCGCUGAAGGCGUCGGCCGAGCAGGACGCAAUCGCCGCCCUGCAAGCCCUGCGCAACAAUAACAAUCAUACAAAAUCAGUUACCUCAGUACUUAGUAAAACGCAUCUACAAAACCUGGAAGCAAAUGCCGUAUCUGUGAUCCCCAUCGAGAGUAUGAAACUUACUUCCACCGGCGUACUACAUCAGCCGACCACGACGACGACCACCAUCAUCCAUCAGCAGGAGGAACAGCAACAGCAUCAGCAACUAUUUCCGCAGCAAAACAACCUACCAAAACAGCCGCUUAUUCAGGUGCGCGACCUGACGCAGCUGCAGAAGGAGCAUCUCGAGACGGCCGCGGUGUUGAUGGACAUCAGCAAGAAGGCCAUCAUCUCGCCGCCAAGCUCGAACCCCCAAUCGCCUAGUCUGCUCGCAGAGCAGAAACAGCAGCAGCAGCAGCAGCAAUCGCUACAGUAUCAAAUUAACAUUAACAAUCAGCAUACACAGCAACCGCAAAGUAUUAAAUCUUCUGUGAUAAAGCCACACGAAUACCUUUUGAACAAUCUAAAGCGUACCCCUAGCAGCGAAGAAAUGGAUCUUACGAUGAAGCGGAUGAAGGUGGAACAGAACGUGGUCCUCACGCCCACCGUUCCUGCCACCACGCUAGUGAAGAAGAACUUCAUCAAGCGGGAAAACAUUAUCGAGCAACUGGCAGCGACGGUGGCGGACGAUCAGGCCAGCCAGCACAGUGACAGUGUGGACAGCAGUGACUCUGGCCGGUUGCAGAUGGACAUAUCCUCGCAGGAUGCACACUCCGAAUGUACUGCCGACGAGCUAAAGCUGCGCAACAGUCUUCACCUCAACAACAACAACAACCACCUGCAUCAGCACCAGCAGCAGCUAGAUCAGCUCGGACGCGAAACGCCGGACAGUAUGAACUCCAUCGAGGAGCAACAGCAGCACCAUCAGCAUCAUGCAGCAGCUGCUGCGGCGCUAGCUUCGGCAGUUUCCCAGAUACCUUUUGGAAGCUUAACGGACGCGACCGAUCCGGCGGUGGCACAAUUAUGGCAGACAUUGGCGCAAAAUAAUCUCAUCGUGAAUGGAGGAGGCAACGAAGCGACAGCGUUCCUAAGGAAGAUGAUCAACGCAAGAAAUCUCGGUAUUCAGUUUCCGUCCGUUGUACCGGUUGGUACAGGACUGGCACUGCUUAAGCAAAACGAAAUCAGCCGACACAAUCAAACGGGCCAGAGCGGCCGCCGGAAACAGUCCUGCCCAAGUCGAACACCUGUGGAAGGUAACUCUCCCAACUCAUCGCUCGACAACAACGGAGUCAGCGGAGGAGGACCGGCUAUAAAACACUCCACCGGCAAGAGUACAACCUCUGGCAAUGUGUUGUUCCGUGUGGCGGAGCAUUCGAGCUCUGCGAAAACUGGCGGUGGAGCAGCUCGGUCCGAAACGAACAGUAUCGCAUCCGGCAACAGCAGUCCACUGCUAAUACUUCCCAAACCCAUGACACCAGGACAAAUACAACAGCAGCAGCAGCAACAGCAACAGCAGCAGCAACAGCAGCAACAGCAACAACAAAACUCACAACAAAAGGACAUGUCCUGUACGAACUGCGGUACGACGACUACCACCAUCUGGCGGCGGAAUGUGCGCGGUGAGAUGGUUUGUAACGCGUGCGGGUUAUAUUUUAAGCUGCACGGCGUCAACCGACCGCAUACGAUGCGCCGUGAUACAAUCCACACGCGACGACGGCGCCCUAAGGGUGACAAAAGUUCACGAAGGAAAUCCGUCAAGCAGGAUAAUGGAGACAUCGUGGACAAUGGCGUGGAAACGGCUGUUGAUCUACAAACCCUGCAAAACCAUAUAAAAGCAUUGCAAGAAGCUGCCCGCAGUACACCACCCAACUUAACCAUGCCAAAUGCCUUCCAACAUUAUCUGCGUGCGACGCAAAACUUUGAUGCGAACGGUAGUGGCGAGCUGCUGGUGGGCGAUGGUGGCGACGACAGUGGGCCCGAGAAUGAUCUGGACUCCUGCAACCUGCCACUCAAUCUAGUGGCGACCCAGCUCGGUAGUGAUUCCUCGCAGCACUGACGGAAGCUUCCGACGGGGCAGUUGCAGCGCCCGGCAGCAACAGGCGACCAAAA